GUCAGUCGUUAUGUACUAUGCCACUUUUUAUGUCCGUUAAUGAGUUGUCAAAAUUACUUAACUCUGUUCUAGGGCUGCGACUACUUUGCUAAACUUUUCGCCAUUUAGUGCAAAGAGAACGAAAUGCCUGUUACUGUCUAAGGAGCCACUUUGUAUCCCUCACUAAGGAGGGGGGCUCUACCUUUUUUUGCUGCAUCCCCCGAAAAAACGGAACGCUCCUUUGCUGUGCAAAAGUUGUCUGGAUGAGUGGGUUUUAAGAUAAAGGCACAAGGAAAGUAUUAACAACUUUCACCCCCGCCCCCACCAAGGGGUAGAGAAAACAAAUCUGUGUCUCCGUGUUUCUUUCCCAUAUCUACGGGGGCUGUAGCCUCGCUAUGCGGGGCGGUUAGUGACAGCAGCCUAGUUCGAUAUCAUGUCUACUGUUUAUGUGUAGGUGCGGCGGUCGUUGCCAUGACAGCAUAUAGUUAGGAAACUUAGGUUGCCUUCAGUUAUUUGUAUUUUCAAAAGACUCGUAGUCGAUUUCACUGGUAUCAAAGCAAAGAGGGUGUGUGUUCUGCGCGAGGAGUACUGCAGUGCUGGUUAUGUCUCGUGGAAUGCCGCAGAAUGCUGGUCCGACAUAGAAUGUUUGAAAAAGUAUUCUCUGUUGGUCUUCGGUUCUUCCGCUCAGGCAAGCAAUCAGUUCCGACUCAAUACUGCGUUGCUAGGAAAACGGCAGUGGUGAAGUAGCUCUUUUGUCUUGUGGAAACGGUGACUCUGCGUCAUGGCAGUUUUAAAGGAAAAUUAUCUUGUGUGAUUGAAUGCAAUUUAUUUACAUACAAUGGGGACUUCUGAAACUGCCAUGUCCGCCUAUUAUGAGGAAGAAGAGGAGGAAGAGGACGAGUUCUGUGAAUUUGAGCCUCUCCCUGCACUGUUAGAAGAUGAGGAGAACGUCUCCCUGGCGGACGUCCUCUCCUUGCGGGACAGCUGUCUGUCGGAGCCGGAGGUGUGGGCUGUGUGUCUGGAGUGUGUCCUGGCUCUGCAGAGCAUCGACCACUCGCCCCUGUUCCACAUGCUCUGUAUCACCCCCGACACCCUGGCCUUCAACGCUCACGGCAACGUCUGCUUCAUGGAGCAGCUUAGUGAUGACCCAGAGGGCUCCUUCAUGCCUCCAGAGUUCGACAGGACGGGAAACACCUUUGAAGGGCACAUCUACUCUCUUGGCUCCACCCUGGCGGCUGCUCUGGACUUCGUUAUCGAGCCUGAGCUGGAGCCGGAUCUGGGCCUCGAGGUCAGGCGCCUGCUGGACCAGAUGCAGCAGAAGAACCCAUUGGACAGGCCCAGUGUCCAGGAUAUCGCCACUCUGGCGGCGGGGCACCUGGAGCGCAGCUCCUCUAUGAGCGUCUGCAGGAAGCUGUCGGCCAUCGGGAGGCGAGUCCUGUCAAUCGAAUCUCUCGGAGCUUUUCAUGAUGACCUGCCGGAUUCCUGGGCAGCCCGUGAGCGAGGCCAGAUGGUCAGAUGGGCGGCGGUCAACGGGCUGCGCGACCCGGAGGACUCGGGUCCCGCGGCGGGGAAACGCGCGCCGCGCAGCAGGGACGCCUCGCCCUGUACGGACGCAGCGGCGGGCGGGGCAGAGGAACCGUCCCGUAGGGAGGCGGCCCCGUGUGAGCCGUGCCUGAACAGCAGAUCGCAGGACAGCUCUCCGGUCCGGAGGGCGCUGGGGCGGGCGGGGCGAACCAGGGGGGCUCUCGACCGCUCCAGCUCCGUGCCCGACUCCAACAACCCGCCCACCCCCCCGCCCCUCCACGUCUGCAUGAACGCCCCCCUGGCCGACCUCACGGAGAUCGGCGCCGAGGAGAGCUCCGUCGAUGGGGUCGCACGAAACGGUGGCCUUCACAACGGCGUCCGCAACCUGGCCGCUCGCCACCGCGACCCAGAUACGGGCGUGUGCUUGGCGAGUGGAGAGCAUGCUGGGACAUGGCAGGUCUCGCCGUCUUCUCUUUUGGGCCACUGCGAGCUGGGGCCUGAGGUGUCUGCUCGAGACGGGGUCACAAAUCACAAGGACUGCCCCGUCUCCCAGGGCGACGAGACCCCCAGGAGCAACGGCGUGCGCCGUCCCAGCAAUCACAUGACCAAAAGCAUGUUGUGCCUCAACGAGGAGACUCAGGACGAAUGGAUCUCGCUGAGGGAGCUGCUGUCUCAUUACUGCCGUCCGUUGUCGGUGAACGAGCUGUGGGCCCUCUGCUACACCUGCCUCUCCACCUUGCAGACCUACAUCGACUUCCCAGCAUACUUGUGCCUGGACUCUCUCUACAUUGGCUGUGAAGGAGAGGUUCUGUUCCUCAGCCCCAAGAACACAGGACCCUGUGAUCCAUUUUACUUGGCACCAGAAUAUCAGGAACAUGGAAUUGUAACAGAAAAGGCCUGCAUUUAUGGAGUAGCAGCCAUCCUUUGGGCCACUGCCAAGUUCGGCCUUUCGCCCAAUCAGAAGCUGGCAAUGCCACGGAAACUGAAACGGUUGCUAUUGGAAAUGGCUAAGAGGAUUCCCAUAGAGCGACCUUCCAUCAUCGUGGCUAAAAAGUGUUGCCGGGAUUACCUGAGCCACCAAGGGGUCAGCGCUGAGGUCGUGUGGGCAAAGCUGAUCCACAGAGCUCGCCAGGCCCACCACAGAGACUGUGAUACUGAAAAUUGUUUAGACAAUAUGAAGAUGGAGGAGGAGUCUUCCCAAAUUAAACUUGGGUUUGUUCCGUGUGCAGGGGAGAACGGGCUGUCUCCUGUCCAGGGCCCUGUCCCCCAUCGUUACCAUGACUCCCACCUGCCCGAAGCCUUCACCUCCCCCGCGACCCACUUCACCCCCAUCAUCCUGACCCGGGACGGGGCCACGGAAGGCGAGGGUGGGGCCUGGGACUCCGUGGAGGAAGGGUCUUGGUGUGAGAAGGAAAGCCCUGGAGGUGAACAGGAGGUCCUUCUGAACGUUGACGACUCACUGGUGAAGGGGGCGAAGACAAGGGAGGAUGAACCGCAACACACGAUCACCCAGGGGACCGGGGCAUCAUGGGACUGUUCCUCUACAUCCUCCAGUGGUGAAACGCUGGUCAACUCCCUUUCCCCGCCCUCCACCGCCCACAUACACACUAACCAAGAGACUUCCAGUCCUCCUCUCCAGUCUGGCCCUACCUCUUCCUGCCCAUCCUCCAAUCAGCACACAGGGAGCUUUGGCAGCUUCCUGCUGAGGCAGGAUCCCAGGACAGGCCUGCUGACCUUGUUUCCGGUGCAGAUCUCUGUCCCGGCGCCGAUACCAGGCCUGGACCUGGGCCUGGGCCUGGGCCUGGACAUGGGCCUUGCUUCCCCAUUCUCCACCUCGCUGCCCGGGCAGGAGCGGCAGGCCGCGGGGCAGAACGGGUCCCUCCGGACUGCCGCGGUGCCCACCAGCCCCGGGGGGCAUGUGAACCGGGCACCGCCAGCUCCCUCCCCCCUGCCUGGAGGCUCCCGCGGGAACCAGGGCCCGGCCCAGGCAGGACAUUCGGGGACAGAGGGAGGGACGGAGAAAGGCACGGAGGCAGGGAAGGAGGGGGGGACGCCCAGAGCUUCCUCUCAAGCUCCACUGGCGCAGAGUCCCAGGAUGCACCCCUGUCUGCAGGCAGUCAUCAUCCUGGUCAGGGAGGAGUUUGCCUUUCAGGGCUACCUGGAGAACGGGGUGGAGGACCGUGCGAUGGGGGAGUAUAUUUUCUCUCUGAGGAACCUCCAGUAUGAAACAUUUUGCAGCGCCGUGUCUGAAAAGUACCCCGAUCUGUACUGGGAUGAGAAGCUACUGGACGCACUUCACCAUGUGAUCAACAAAGCAGAGACCACACUAUCCCCCAGAGACCCCUCAUGCAUGCAGUCCUCUAGCACACGGCCACCAUCAAACGGCCAGCAAAGGGCAGCCAGAUCGGCAGGCAGAGAGCGGAGACCGCGCGGAGACGUGGGGGCUCGGAGCAGGGACGAGCUGGAGCCCGGUCUACCCGAGCCCAAAGGGGGAGGCGAGGCCCCACCGGGCCCUCUGUACCCCAGGGCCGAGGACGGGCCGCUGGGCCCAGGCACGCAGGUGUGCGGGAGCACCGAGGGGCCGCCCGCACCAGCACCAAAGAUUACCUGUCCGUCAGAGGCGCAGAACACAGACGCACCAGAGGAGCCUCGACUGCACGGGCGUCCCGACACUUCCCCAGAACCCAUUCCAAAGGAAAUGACGGAAGGUGGAUGCCUAAAAAUGGACUUUGUUGAACGUCCUGCAGAGGGCGCUGUGGAGGCCUCUCACACUGAGUCGCCUUUGCACGCGGGGGUGGGUGAGAGGUGUCUCGGGAGGGGCCAGCUCAGCCUAGAUUAUUCGGAGGACAUAGAGGAUACGGACUCACUCGCAUCUAUGGGAGGGCUGCAGGAGGAAGGCCGCCCCCUGGGGGCUGAAGGAUGCCGCUGCGUCCAGGACUGGGCUCUGUCCUUUUAUGGGGAGGAGUACUUCAAGGAGGACGUGCUGAGGUACGUCAAGAAGCUGGGCCAAGGAAGCAAGUCGCCGUGCCUGGAAGCCAAACUGCAGGAGCUUCACCAGCAACUUAUGAUUGAGACCAGAAAUCUGAAAAAAACAAGAAACUUCUACAAUAAAUUACUGCACCAAGAGAGGAGAAAUAAAGGAUCAGAUGCUAAAAUCAUGAUAUUGAAAAUAAAGGUCCAGCUGGAGGAAAUGAAGACUAAAGUGGAUUUUUUGGACUCUGUAAGAAAAUAUCUGGAGGUUUUGUGUAUGGACCAGUGGGGUCUGGAGGUGGCCCUCCUGCGCUCUCUGGCAGUCUCCGGCACUACCCCUCUAGAGCUCCACCCUUCUGAAGACCCCUCAAUCCUCACCUUCCAGCCCGGGACGGGAAGAGGGCGGGGCAGCCCCGGCGGUACCGCCUCCCUUCAGGCCGGAACACCUCUGGGUCUCAUGUCCUACCUGUACGCCAGAAAUGCACCCCUUGAGGGCUACAUCCAACAGUUCUUGUAUACCUAUCGUUACUUCUGCACUCCUGAAGAUUUCCUACGGUUUCUGAAGGACAGAUUCAUCAGCGUGGCAGGGGACAGCCAGGCGCCCUCUGCUGAGCGAUCGAAGGUACUCCACCGAACCCUGGACCUGCUGCAGGCCUGGCUGGAGAACAGCCGUCAGGUGGACUUCCCCCCCAAGUCCAGCCUCUAUCAGACCCUGGAGGAGUUCCUGAUAUCACAGGUAAUUCCAGUUGAGGGGAGGGGGGAGGCAUUACUGACUCUGCUCCAGAGCCCCCCCAGAAAGAGGAGGAGCCACAUGGUUUCCAGAUGUUGCGGGAGCCCAAUCAGCAUUCAGGAAGAGGAUGACACUCAAACAGUGCAUUCAAUAGAAGAUUCUGGUAGAAAGAGUUUCCCGUGGAGGAUCUCCAGGGUGGUGGAGCCACAGUCAGCGCAGCCCAAGGAGAAGCCAUUCUGCAUCGCGGCGGCUCUGCCUCGGCCGUGCUACUCCUCUCUGCUGGAUGAGCUGAGCGGCCCCUCCCUCAGAACCGAAGACCGCUACCCCUUCUACCAGAGCGAGCACAGAGCCCAGCACGCUGCUAACCAGCUCACCCUGCUCCAACAGGAAAUAUUUCAAGGCUGCCAUCCGGUGCACUUCCUGAACUCUCGAGCGCAAGGCGUCAGGGACAAGGCAGCGAGCAAAAGCCUGUCACCUGACCUCCCACCAAUAGAGGGCAGCAGCCUCUUUGCCUCUGACACAAUGCUGCAGGACCGAUACCUCCCACAGAUGCUGAAGCAUGCUGACAAUGUGGCCACCUGGGUUUCAGCCGAAAUCGUCAUAUGUGACUCUUUGAAGACGCAGGCUAGCUUGCUCACUAAAUUUCUGUUGAUGGCCAAGUGUUGCUAUGAGUCGAGAGAUUUUGCCUCAGCCAUACAGAUCCUUGGAGGCCUGGAGAAUGUGAUUGUCAAGCAGUUACCGGCUUGGAGACACCUCUCUGCUAAAGCAUGGCAGAUCCUGGAAGAGCUGAGGACAGUGCAGGUGUUCCUGAAGAGUGAUAACCUGUGCCUGAUGGAGGGCGAGCGCUUUAAGAGGAAGCCCACCAUCCCGGCCGCUCACAUUCUGGCCAUGCACAUCCAGCAGCUGGAGAUCGGGGCCUUCACGCUCGCCAAUGGCGCCUACAAGUGGCCAAAACUGAGGAACAUAGCCAAGGUGGUGAGCCAGGUGCAUGCCUUCCAGGAGAACGUGUUCCCUCACGCCCCUGACCUGGAGCUCCAGGCGUACCUGCGCCAUCGCAUCGCCCUCCUCAGUCACAGCGACAUCGCCCUGCUGGCCGCCGAGAACGACGCCAACUUCCACCAGAUGCCCGCCGAGCGCCACUCCAAGAGGAUCCAGGACACCCUGCGCCGCGUGAAGGCAACCUUUCAGUGACCCGCCCCCGGGGUCCGGCCGCCACACUGACAAGGGGUACGGGGCAAAGGGUACGGAACGCGCCCGCAGAGGGGGCGCGACAGAAUGCUGUUCUCUUCAUUCGCAUCUAACAGCUGGCCUUAACGUCUGUCUCCUCACUCUCAGCUUUGACGCCCUGCGUGGAAACCACCCCAGGGGUUACAGGACGGCGCGGAGACCGCUCCUUCCCUCAGCCUGUAGUAUCAGUGAGAGCUGUAGUCAUAUCAGUAGUGCUGUGUACAGAGAACUGGACUCAGCCUGUUUACGGCAGAUACAGCCCUUCUGCAUGCGUUCUCAGCCUGGGGUCGUAAGGUCAACCAUCUCUGAUUAAUGCUAGCAAAGGCAAACCAAAGGCUCUUCAUUGUUUCAGUGCUGCUUAAAGCAGUCGAUGAUGGAAUACUGACAUAAUGCUGAUCUUUCUGUUAGCUUGUCUGAGACAGAACAUGUUCCCUUUUCUGUAAAAUCAUCAUUCUUUGAUUGCUUAAGGCAAACCUGAUUGAAUCACAGAAUUUUGUGUGUGCGUGCGUGUGCGUACGUGUAUGUGCGGGGUGAGGAAGCUCUUUAUAAGGCAUACGCGCAAUCUCAAAUAUCUAUCUUACAAUUUUACGACAAAUUUGAAAGCUACCUUAUAUUGAAAUGUCUGAUAUGAUGGUAAAUCCAUGAACUUAUAACCACUGAAGGUAGGGGGUGCAUUUCUGCAUAUUCCCACAAGUUCCUGCUUUACUUAUUUUGAUUGUUCUUGAUACUAGCACAAGCUAGCCAUUUGCAGCAUUUUCAGCCUUUAAUUUGCACAUACUACAACAUGACUGCAGACUACCAGUAUCAUACUGUGCCAUUCUGGCUUAAUGACCAUUCUGUGUGAUUGAACUGAAAUCUGAAGUAUGGGUCAUAUUAAUGCAUAAUGUCUUUUUUAUUAUAAGUUUAAAAUAUAAUUGUAGUUUACAGUAAAUUUAUUAUAUACUGAAAUAUAAGGCUAAUUGGCUUUCUUAUGAUUUGGUAUUGCAUAUUUCUUUGUGUAGGGAAGUUUGUUCCGAAAUGCAUUGCAGUUGUUGAAUCUAAUCACUUCCCUUAAUUUUCUUCUUAAGCAUAUUGGGAUCAUGGAUAUUGCUUCAGUUUUAAUCGUGUAAAUAAUCACAGAUAUAUUUGUAUGUUGCCAUAGGAGCCACAUAAAGAUGUAAAAUAAUUAAAUGAGUGGACAAAUUUUGACAAUAUUGUCUGCAGUUUAAAUUCUGUAACUUUGCUUGAAUAAAAAAUGCUAUAACGUGAUGCAUCAUUAA